UAUUCAAAAGGAAGCUGAUGCACCACCUCCAGCACCUACUCCAAUAAAAAAAAUGGCAGGUGCUCCUGCUGAAUAUCCUCCAGACCAAGGCAAAAAGGGUGGGAAAAAGAAAACUCUAGAAGAAGUGAAGAAAACUUCUAAGGUUGCUGGCAAAAGAAAAGCAGAUGUCAGUCCUGCCAAGAGAAAUGCUGGAAAGAGAAAAAAAAAUACAAGAAGUACCAUCAGAUGAACCCUCUCAAGAUCCUACUGAUGAAAGUUCUACUGACAGUGAUGAUGAUAGUGAAGAGUCAGUUUAUAGAGCAGAAGAAGAGCCUGUCAGUGAGGAUGAUUAUGAGGUGGAGGAAGAGGAGGAAGAGGAUGAAGUAAAGCCAAGGAAGAAACAGGCAAAGAAAGGGAAUUCAGUGAAGGCAAAGGUUGAAAAGGAGGAGCAAAAGAUGGUACUGUAUGAUGAAGGAAAGAUUGAAGGUAGGAGAAAAAAGAAAAUGAAAACUGAAAUGGUUCAAGCAAUAGAAACUGAUGAAGUUGAGGAAAUUCAGGAAGAUGAAUUUGAGGAAGAGAAAUCUUCAAAGAGAGGAGGACAUGUGAAGUUCAUUGCAUGGAUAAAAAGAUGA